CCUUUGCCAUAGAUAAAUUCGCACCAGAUCGCUCCUUGCUAUUGGUGCGUCAGCAGCACAGCGGUGUCUCGACUGAAAGAUUGUCGAAGAACCGAUAAAAGGACAUUUCUCCGCUCAGAGGCCCCCACUCUCUGGCCGUUGAACCGUCGAUCUGGGUGGAGGUAACUCUCAUCCGCAUCUUUCAUCCGCACUUUCUCAAGUAAUCAUCGCCAUGACGCCGACACCACCCUCCACUACCUCUUCGAGCGCUGGCGGUCAUUCUCCAGACGCCCAAUAUCGGGUUGUGCGGAAGAGAAACCGGGUGCCUCUGUCAUGUGGGCCCUGCCGACACAGGAAGUUGAAAUGUAACCGGUCCCACCCAUGCGAGAAUUGCAUCCGGAGAGGCGAUGCCUCCUCCUGCUCGUAUGCUGCGCCGGGGACACGAAAGAAGAACCAAAGUCAAGGAGCAACCAGCCCUGAUGAUAUGCAAAACCGUAUUGACCGUUUAGAAGGCCUAGUUUUGUCGCUGAUGACGAAUGGAGCCCAAUCUGCUGGGCCUGCGGCAGCAGCCGCUGCGAUUUCUCGUUCGCAGAGUGACAGUGCUGGCUCCUCCUCCUUCCCGCUCGACUUAGAUCGGGAGGACGAUGAUAUGAUCAAGGAGGAGGAGGAAGGUGAAGACAGCGAAGUCGAUGGAGUGACCAAUUCUUUAGGUGUUCUUAAAGUGGAUGCAGACAAACAGAAAACGCUCUAUUUUGGGGACUCGCAUUGGCAUUUGGUUCUAGCAGAUAUCGCCGAAGUCAAGAACUACUUUUCCAAUCACAAAAAGGAACUCGAAAAGAAUUACGAAAAAAUCAAGCAGUUUCAACCAAGUACCGCGAGAGAUGGGCCAGCAUUUCUUUUCAGCGCGCAUACGGCGGCCUCCGACACAGAUCUUCGAGCAGAAGUGCCUUCCAAAUCAGCUGUCGAUAAGCUUGUCACACGAUACUUCAACUCUUAUGAUCCUGCCGUUCAUAUCCUUCAUUCUCCUACCUUCCAUAAACAGCUCCAAGCCCAUUGGCAAGAUCCGAGCAAAACAUCAAUAGUUUGGCUCGGUUUGCUGUAUUCGUUGCUCUGUCUUGCUAUGCAGUCGUAUCAUAAAAUUGGGGAUGAACCGUUGGAAUGGAAGGGUCGAACACUUGAUUUGGCCGCGGAAUAUCGAUUACGGACUGUCCAGUGUCUUGUCAAUUCUGACUACACGAAGUCUGACAUUUACACGAUUGAAACGAUGAUUCUCUACGUCCAUGGCGAGUACAACAGUCGAUGGGACGCCGAGGUCGGAAUCUGGGUUAUAGUCGGCAUGAUUGUGCGACUAGCGAUGCGGAUGGGUUACCAUCGAGAUCCUAGCAAAUUUCCUGGAGUCACUCCCUAUCAAGGCGAGAUGAGACGACGAAUUUGGUCUUUUGUUCGUCAGAUGGAUGUCAUGUUCUCGUUUCAAUUGGCUUUGCCAAGCAUGAUCAGAACCACCGAUUGUGAUACUUCUCUGCCAAGAAAUAUCUUUGAGGAUGAAUUUGGCCCAGAUUCAAAAAUACUGCCCCCCCCGAGAUCUUCGACAGAGCCGACACCGGUAUCUUACAUGAUAGCGAAGGCUCAAAUAUGUUUUGAAUUCGGCGAGAUACUGGAGGAACUCAACGCCGUCAACAAAAGCGUCUCCUACGAGGAUAUCCUGAAGCGGGACAACCGUUUACGAGAUCUCAAGAUGAAUAUGGCUCCACAUUUACGACUCCGUCCCAUCGAGGAAUGUACUCACGAUCCCGCUACUCUCCUCAUGCAAAGAUUUGGGCUUGACAUCCUUUGGCAGAAGACGAUGUGCGUUCUUCACCGCAAAUACCUUGCUCGUGCUCGGCAGAAUCCGCGGUACGCUCAUUCGCGUCGAGCGUGUGUGGAUUCGUCGAUGGAGAUUCUCCGCCAUCAGGCACAGCUCCACCGGGAAUCUCAACCUGGUGGCCGUAUGCGAACUAUGAAGUGGUUCAUUUCGUCGCUCACUAAGCAUGACUUCCUCCUUGGGGCCAUGAUUGUGUGUUUGGAGCUUCAUUACGAUGCCGUCACCGAGGCAUUGCCUGAUCGCCCUCCCAAUCAUGACAUGUACUUUUGGACCCCAAGUCAAAAGGCCGAGAUGCUGAAAGCCCUCGAGACAUCGCAGCAGAUUUGGAAAGAGUCGUCAGAUACGUCUAUGGAAGCUUACAAAGCGGCUGGGAUUCUCGGCAUCAUACUUGAGAAGCUGAACUGUACUAAAAACAAAGAGCCGACCACCACAGAGGUCUUUGCCCAGUUCGAUGAUGACAGCUUGAAACCCGAGCACUCGGCAGCGAUGACUCUGGGUAUGCUUUCAGGAGGACUGUCGCCGAACUCGGCUGCCAUGUUUAACAGCAUGGCACAGUCCCCUGGGGGCACCAGAUAUGGCAACAUGGACUUAAGCAUGGGAGAUUCUUCUGCUAGCAUAGGAUUGACGCCCAACUUUCCCAUGGACAAUUCAAAUCCUUUCGGCACUCUGAACAGUGUGGCAUCGCCGUUUUCUGUUUUUGGUAACGCCGGGACUGGUACGGGGAUGCUGGACGUGCCCGCGAACUUGGACUGGGAGGCAUGGGACUCGUAUAUUCAGAACGGCAACACGAUCGACCCCUCCUUCCAAUUCUACCCUACGGCAAUGGAUCAGACACAACUGAACCCAGAAGGACAACCAGAUGCAGCAGGCUUCGGUAACAGCGUAUUCAUGGGUGCUAACACACCAGGACGGUGAUGACGUGGAUGUUCUUCGGCGAAUCUAUAUUGCGUCUUGGGAUGGAGGGCUUUUGGGUGGACCGGAAAAUUUUGGAUGAUUUGGAUGGGAGAAAAGUAGGGUUGCGAA